ACUGUUCAAGUGUGCAAUAGCCGGAAAUUCAGAGCAGUCAUUAGACCGGCAGCCAUGAGGCCUUGGCCUCGCAUGUUUAAAUUUCAAGGCAAAUACCUGAUCGCCGUCGCGGGAUUGGGCGGCGCAGCCGUCACAUUCCAAACCCUAAACCCUAACUUCCUCCCUUCUUCCACAAACUCCCCUCUCAUCAACGGCGUAGUUCGGUCCUCCCGCGCUCUUUGCACAAUUACUUCAAAUGUGGUUGACUACGUUUACUCUUUGCACGGCUUGACUCAGAAUAGUGAGGAGUAUUUGCGCGUGGCUUCUGAGGUACAUCUACGGUCCGCAAAGAGAAUUUUGAGACUAUGUGAAGCCAACAAAGGUGUUUAUGUUAAAGCUGGUCAGUUUGUUGCAGCUGUGCGUGUGAGGAAAGUUCCAAAAGAAUACUCAUCAAUUCUUUCUUCGUUGCAAGACCAGGCUGUUCCUUGUCCUUUUGAAUCCAUCAAGGAAGUACUGAUCCACAAUCUGGGUCCAAAUUUAUCAGAUAUAUUCUUCUCAUUUGAUGAGGAACCAUUUGCAGCUGCCUCUAUUGCUCAAGUACACCAUGCUUUGUUGAGAGAUCAUCAAGAAGUGGCUGUCAAGGUGCAAUAUCCAGGACUGGAGUACCAGAUGAAAUUUGACCUUGCGACAAUGUCUUUUCUCUCAAAAUCUGUUGCAUGGUUUUUCCCAGAAUGCAGGUUUGAGUGGCUGGUAUUAGAAUUUAAGAAAUCUAUUACUUCUGAGCUUGAUUUCACUGAAGAGGCUAAGAACUUAGAGAGAAUGUACAAGAACUUCAAAAACAACAGCAUGGUUAGGAUUCCCCAUGUUUUUUGGGGUUUCACAACAAGAAAUGUUUUGACAAUGCAGUUCUGUGAAGGACAUAAGGUCGAUGACUUGGAGUUUUUGAAGCAAAUGGGAAUUAGUCCAUCUAAGGUUGGAAAGGCCUUAGCAGAGGCCUUAUCAGAAAUGAUAUUUGUCCAUGGUUUUCUGCAUGGUGAUCUACAUCCUGGUAAUGUGCUAGUUUCUCCGGAAGGAAGGAAUGGUUUCUCUCUAGUUCUUUUGGAUUUUGGGAUUUGCAAGGAAUUGGAUGAAGCUUUCAGAUUGAAUUACUGCCAAUUAUGGGAGGCUUUAAUAUUCAAGGAUUCAAACAAAAUCCAACAGCUGGGGGAAUAUUUUGGUGCUGGGAGGUAUUCAAGAUACUUCCCUGUCAUAUUUACAGGAAGAACAAUUGACAGUAAAUCAUCACUUUGGAGGGGAAUGUCAGCUGAAGAAAAAAAGAACCUAAAUCAGGAAUUGAAGUCUCUCAGAAUGGAAGAUAUAUCUUCCUUUAUGGAAUCACUACCCAAUGACUUUCUUACUGUAUUACGAGCUGAUGGGCUCCUAAGAUCUUUGAUAAGCAAGUUGGGUGCUUCCCAGCGAGAUCGAUUACUGGCAUAUGCUAAGUAUGCACUGCAUGGUCUCUCUUUGAAGCCUGAUUCCACAUCUGAUUCUGCUAUUGGAGCGGUCUACUUUAGAUUCAAGGCUGGGAUUCGAUACAUUCAACUGAGGUUACUUUUCGCAUUAUUGGAUAUCAUUUCUUGGAUAGACAACACCCAACACAUGACAGCCAAAACAUUCAAACAUUUGCUUUCCUCAGCAAGCAGUGCAGUAAGAUAUGCAUUUCCCUGAACAUAAUCAGGGAAUUGGCUUCCAAGACUGGGAUUUUCUUGCUGUUAUCUAGCAAGCUGGAGAAAGCAGCAUUCCCAAUCCCAUGCAUGAGGUAGUGAGGUACCUCUAAAUCUAAAAUAUGUCCUGUAAGUUAUAAACCGUAGGCAAUAUCUUAUAGCGUGUUUACAAAUAUUAGCGUGUCAAAUUAUUGACAAAGGUUAUUUAGAUAUUGUUUCUCUUAAAGCAUGAAAAUCAAAUUCAAAAAGAAUGCAGCAGAAAGAAUGGAAUCCUCAGCCUUUUCCUCCUGACUUAA